GGCGGACUGCGCGACGGACCGGGCCCCCGACGGCAGGACCGACGCCAUCAUGUACUUUUCGCCGCGGUACCCGGGCUUUGUAUUUGACUUCGGCGGGCAGGCCGGGGUGAAGUGCGUGGAGUUGCCCUUGCGGACACCGGGGAUGCUGUAUUGUGAGGAAAAAUCCCCCGUCCCCAUACCAAACCGGGACACUUCUGAAAAUUUGUGAUGCAGAUUUGAGACCACAAAUCGUCGCUGUAUUGCAUGAAGGCAAGUCUACAGGCUCCGCCACAUUCUACAGGCGGUUUGUCAUGCUGUUGCUCCUACAGCGUAGACGUCAGCCAUGCUAAGUGCCUAGGCCAAAACUUGUCUACUCAGGCCUGAUCUGGGCCUGCAGUCCUCGCCAGCAAGACAAAUCUGAUUUGUGACCUCAAAUACAGCAUCACAGAUUUCGUUUUCGAUAUGGGGAGGGGGGAUUUUUCCUUUCGAUAUGCUGCCAACGGCUGCGGAGCUGGACCGGUUUCUGGAAGAGCAGACGAAGGCCGGCGUUGCCGUGCGGAUGUGUGUGUUGUGCCACCCCGACAACCCGACGGGGUACGUGUGGACUCGCGCGGAGUGCCUGCGCCUGGUGGCCUGGUGCCGGCAAAACGAGGUUUUGCUCGUCAGCGACGAGAUCUACGCCAAGUCGCCACAGUGGGCGGCUGCGACUACUACUCCUACACGAGAAGAUCGCAGAGACAGCACUGUGGUCCUCGUGAUUGACGAUCCCGCUCCCGGCGCGCCCUCAUCAGGAUCGACUGCGAAGAGCGGCAGCGUAGUUCCUGAGCGGUUCCAGAGCCUGUGGCGGUACGCCGAUGUGACGCUUUGGGGGCUGUCGAAGGACAUCGGACUUGCGGGUUUGCGGUGCGGAGUGAUGUACUCGCCGCACGCUUCGCUGUUCCGCAAGGCGCGCACCUACGCCGAGCCCAUGCAGCUGCCGGCCAUCUACCAGACGGUCCUAGCAGAGGUGCUGGCGGACAAGGGGUUCAUCGACAAGUACCUGGCGGAUCUGUGCCAGGAACUGCAGCUCGCGCGCCAGGCAGUGCGGAAAAAGCUGGUGGACGAGCUCCGGCUGUCCAUCGACCUGCCGGAGGUGGGGAAACGGGCGGACGGCGGCGUGUUUGUUUGGGUGGACUUCUCGGAGUUCGGGAUCCCGAGCGCGGACCUGUUUUCGAUCCUGCUCGAGGAGUACCGCGUCUUCCUGGCGCCGGGCCACAGUUUCUUCGACGCGCCCGCCCUCGGAGACGCGUGCUACCACCUGCGCCUGUGCUUUGCGGGCUGUUCGCCGGACACGUUGGCCGUCGGGCUGGAACGCGUAGCGCGGUUCGUCCGCGACGCCCGCGACGGAAAGUUCGCUCCACGCACGCCCAGCACCACCGGGUCGAUCGAGUGAUCUUCGGCUAUCAUAGGUGUUGAAGUAGAGGAACGACGAUCGAAUAUGGUGGCGCGCAGCUGACGCUGCGCCGACGUGGCGAGGAACGUCUCCGAGUAUAAUGCCCCGGAUGUUGCUUGUUGUACUUUGCCAUGCAGCAUUCAUGUUGGUGUCCUUUGGCGAUGACAAACAGGAAAAUGCUGAUGCGCGCUGGAUAACGGUACGUUUCAGGCUGGGCAGCAGCGGCAGGAUGACUACUGUCGUGUAGAAAGAAGUACACGAUCUUGUUGGAAACCAGUACUUUCUUGUUUUCAGGCUACUGAGACGCCUGUCCGAAUCUUGUGGCGCAGCAAGGGCCUUUCGACAAAUGAUCGACAGUAGAAUCACGAAGAAGUCGAGGAUGUCACGAGGAAGUCUUGUUCUGACAAUGAAUAAGCACUGCACCAGCAUCCUGCACGUGCACAACUCACAAUUCUGGUGAUAGCAAUGAAUCACACAGCGAUCAAGAUCCACAUU